AUGACCCGUUACGCUUUUUCGUUCCUCCUAGCGACACUGGCUGUGCUCUCUCGUGCGAGCCCAUUAGAUUCCACUCAAAUAGCUCUUACCGGCGGUGAUACGGUCCAUACGACUGAUGAUUGGGGCUACACAGAUUGCGGAUUGCCCACCGACCCGAUACAAAUCACCUCUAUUGUCGUCACUCCGGACCCACCCCAGCCUGGUAAGAAUAUGACCGUCAAGGUCAAGGCCACAGCUAUCGAAAGGGUGGAGGAAGGAGCCUAUGCCGAUGUUACCGUGAAGCUUGGCCUUAUCAAGCUUCUUCACAAGCAGUUUGAUCUCUGCGAGGAGGCCCGCAACGCGGACACUGAUGUGAAGUGCCCUGUUGAACCGGGUGACUACGAAGUGGAGCAGACCGUUGAACUGCCCAAGGAGAUUCCCAAAGCGAAAUUCGUGGUGAAUGUCCGGGGGUAUACCGCAGACGAUGACGAUUUAGUUUGCCUGGAUUUGAGGGUCAACUUUAUGAAGCGUCCAUUCUUCAAGUCGCUCGGCUUCUGA